AUGAUUGUCGUCAGGGGAACGAUCGGAGCAAUACAUAUGGGUUAUCGAUUGAUUUACUUAGCUCUGGUUGUGUGUGAUGAAGAUGAUUUGCUGAUGACCGAUAAUGAAAGACGUUUUAAGUCAGCUAUCGACUAUUGGACACCUGAGAGGAUUGCUAAUGCUAAAUCUGCCUUACUACCACUUUUUCAAAAUAAUUCAGAUCUUUCACAAUCGAAUCAACUCACAUCUGAUGAGCCACCGUCGUUUGUGAAAAGCGUUUUACCGAUACAAAGUCCGGAUCAGUUGUUGAAAGAUACAAUAGUCGCUCCAAACACCGUAGGAAAGCUUUAUAUUCAAUUAAGUGGUAACAAUUAUGUUUGCACAGCAAGUGUACUUGUGUCUGGUACCAAAGACUUAUUAGUAACUCGCGGACAAUGCGUGUAUGAUCAUGAAAGAGGUGGAUGGGCAAGAAAUGUGAUAUUCAUUCCAGGAUAUCGUAGUGGUUCCGCGCCAUUUGGACGAUGGUCCGCACGUUCUCUAAUCACAUUCAAUAUGUGGAUUGAAAAAGCAGACCGAAAUGCCAAUAUCGGGCUCAUAUUGUUAUCUACACUGUCUAAUCGACAUAUUCAAGAUGUUGUAGGUGGUCAAGGAUAUCUUAUUGAUGCACAACUUCAAGCACCUGUCUACUUAUUCGGUUAUUCAUCAGAUAUAAAUAGUGGUGAAACAUUGAGAUACUGCUCAGGAACAUCGCAGAAAUCUACUCAUUAUCCUGGCUUCAAAGGAAUAACAUUACCCUGUAGUAUAGACAACGCUGGUUUUGGUGGUCCGGUAAUUCAACGAUACGAUAUUAGCACAACACUUGGCUAUCAAACAUCCGUGUACAUUUCCAGAUCAACUGGUUAUGUUCAUGCGGCAGUAUUUGACUCUAAUUUUAAAAAAAUGUAUGACAUGUAUAAUAACCAGUUAUAUGCAGGUUCGAAUGAAAUCUUUUAUGAUCAUCGUGCUAGUAGUGGUAGUAUCCUUCAAGUAUCAGCAGCACAAGUAAUGUUCCUAAUAGUAUUUGUGUGCUAUUUUCGCGCAAUAUGGCAGACUCUACAGAAUCACAGCAGUAUUAACUAA